GUUGCUUAGCUACUGGGCUAUUCACUACCCUGAAAGGGUGAUGAGAAGGCAGGGCUUCUUCCCCCUCCUACCACGAGACAACUGUGAAUGCAGCAGGGCAAGUAGUCGUGGUGGAUGCAAUCUAUUGGCUUCUCAGUGCUGCCGCUAAAGUCACAACCCCGACUGUAGCCCGCACUGCCUUUACCAGUGUAUUUCUGUAGCUGCUGGUGCCGCUGCUGCUCUCCCUCCCCCUUAAAUGGUGUGGGCAGAGUGGGAUGGAAGACUGCAUUGGGAACCUUUUCAUGGAAAUGGUCUUUGCUGUUGGUAUUGCUGUAGCACCAUUCUGGUGACAACAACAUGCCGUUGAAAUGGAAAAGCGGUUCUCCUGUCAGCUGGAAAUUCCCAGUGCCAGUUCUUAAGACAUCCAGGUCCUCACCCCUUUCGCCUGCUUACAUCCACCAACACUCCUUUGUGGUUUGGACAACCCACUCUCUCCUCGCUGCCUGUCCGACUUACCACCUGACGGGAUCCCUCGUGGAGGACGACGACGCUCACAUGAAAGUUGCUCUGGGCUAUGGUGAUAUGGGCAUCUCUGCUCACCUUCAGGCAUCAAAGACUGGAAACACUCGAUUUUUCACAAGCAACACGCACAGCUCAGUGGUUCUUCAGGGAUUUGACCAGCUGAGGAUAGAGGGAUUGCUCUGUGAUGUCACAUUGGUGGCUGGCGACUGUGAUGAAGCUUUUCCUGUGCACCGUGCAAUGAUGGCCUCCUCCUCCGACUAUUUCAAAGCCAUGUUCACAGGUGGAAUGAAAGAACAGGAUUUAAUGUGUAUCAAGCUGCAUGGAGUAAACCGAAUAGGCCUCAAGAAGAUUAUUGACUUUAUCUACACGGCAAAGUUGUCACUCAACAUGGAGAAUCUGCAAGACACACUUGAGGCAGCCAGCUUCUUACAAAUCCUUCCAGUGCUGGACUUUUGCAAGGUCUUUCUCAUCUCUGGGGUUUCUCUGGACAACUGUGUAGAAGUGGGACGCAUUGCCAACACAUACAACCUCACAGAGGUGGAUAAAUACGUCAACAAUUUCAUCCUGAAGAACUUUCCCUCAUUGCUGGGCACGGGGGAGUUUGUCAAGCUACCAUUUGAACGCUUGGCUUUUGUACUGUCCAGUAACAGCUUAAAACACUGCACUGAGUUGGACCUGUUCAAGGCGGCUUGCCGCUGGCUACGCUUUGAAGACAGCCGUAUGGACUAUGCCCCAAAGCUCAUGAAGAACAUCCGCUUUCCUCUCAUGAACCCGCAGGAUCUCAUCAAUCACGUGCAGACUGUGGACUUUAUGCGUACGGACAACACCUGUGUCAACCUUCUCCUGGAAGCUAGCAACUACCAAAUGAUGCCCUACAUGCAGCCAGUUAUGCAGUCAGAACGGACAGCCAUCCGCUCAGACAGUGCCCACCUGGUCACUCUGGGUGGUGUUCUGCGCCAGCAGCUUGUUGUGAGCAAGGAGCUGCGUCUCUUUGAUGAGAGGGCUCACGAAUGGAAGGCGCUGGCGCCCAUGGACGCACCUCGUUACCAACACGGCAUUGCGGUCAUCGGCAACUUUCUCUAUGUUGUGGGUGGCCAAAGCAACUACGACACCAAAGGCAAAACAGCAGUGGACACGGUGUUCCGAUAUGACCCUCGCUACAACAAAUGGAUCCAGGUGGCAUGCCUUAAUGAGAAACGUACCUUCUUCCACCUCAGUGCACUCAAGGGACACCUCUACGCUGUCGGUGGAAGGAAUGCUGCAGGGGAGCUUGCUACUGUGGAGUGCUACAACCCAAGGACAAAUGAAUGGACAUACGUUGCCAAAAUGAAUGAGCCACAUUAUGGCCACGCUGGGACGGUGUACGGUGGUUAUAUGUAUAUUUCAGGUGGAAUCACUCACGACACUUUUCAGAAGGAGCUGAUGUGCUUUGACCCGGAUGCCGAUAAAUGGACUCAGAAAGCGCCCAUGACGACAGUUCGCGGCCUCCACUGCAUGUGCACGGUGGGCGACCGUCUUUACGUGAUCGGAGGCAAUCAUUUCAGGGGCACCAGCGACUACGACGACGUCCUCAGCUGCGAAUACUACUCCCCCGCCCUCGACUUGUGGACACCUAUCGCCGCCAUGUUGCGAGGUCAGAGCGACGUGGGCGUGGCCGUGUUUGAGAAUAAGAUUUACGUGGUGGGCGGCUACUCGUGGAACAAUAGGUGCAUGGUGGAAAUAGUACAGAAGUACGACCCCGAGAAAGACGAAUGGCACAAAGUUUUCGACUUGCCCGAGUCACUGGGGGGGAUCCGAGCCUGCACACUCACAGUUUUCCCCCCUGAUGAUAUGUCGGGCUCACCCUCCAGAGAGUCGCCGCUUUCAGCACCUUGAUGAGCAAAGGGGGUGAGCCCUACUCCGCUCAUACCCCCGUAACCCUUCCCCACCCCCCGACAGCCCCCCUCAACAAACACACCUUAUAGACUUUGUUUGCACUUCCUUUAUGGACAACAUCUGUACUGCAUCCCAAAUUACCCCCCCAAGUCCACAUCCCCUAAAGCUGUGCAGAACCCCGCCUCCCACAUCUGCGUGAUGAAACCUACAUACCAACAUGGUUUGGCAACCUAAUUACAUGUUAAUUUUGCAUACUUGGUAUAUUUUGGCAGGAAAAAAAACAACAACAACAAAAAAAACAACCUCCACUUGAAAAGUGACUUUGCAAAUCAACUUUUCUACCUGAUGUCCAGACUUUUCUUAUGUCUCGUUUCUUUUGGUGUUCUACCUUGAGAUGUUGACUACCACACUGACUCUCUCUUCUAGUCUAUGCCAGGUUAGAUGCAGGUGACGCCCUCCUCAGACAGCAAACGCAUAGGGACCGAUGAGCUUUUGAAAGACAAGUGGUUUUUAACUCAGGGGUUGGCCCAGGCCCCAUCUUCGUCUCUCUUGCAGUUUCACUUCUUUCCUGCUGUUGGUAUGAAACUGUUAACAAAAAUGGUGUUUUCUAAAUUUAAUAAACAUAAUUUUGAAAGUAA